AGUCCGUAGUUGCCUCGUCCAUCUUACGGUGAGUCUCUAAACGCGGAGGAAAAUGCCGGAUCCAGCCAAGUCUGCUCCUGCUCCAAAGAAGGGCUCGAAGAAAGCUGUCACGAAAGUCCAGAAGAAAGAUGGCAAGAAGCGCAAGCGCAGCCGUAAGGAAAGCUACUCUGUCUACGUGUACAAGGUGCUGAAGCAAGUGCACCCGGACACCGGCAUCUCAUCUAAGGCCAUGGGUAUCAUGAAUUCCUUCGUGAACGACAUCUUCGAGCGCAUCGCAGGUGAGGCCUCCCGUCUGGCGCAUUACAACAAGCGCUCGACCAUCACUUCCCGGGAGAUACAGACGGCCGUGCGUCUGCUGCUUCCCGGGGAGUUGGCUAAACAUGCUGUGUCGGAGGGCACCAAGGCUGUGACCAAGUACACCAGCUCCAAGUGAGGUGCAGCAAAGACGUGAUUGAUCGGCUUUACCCAAAAGGCUCUUUUCAGAGCCACUUUAGUUCUCGAAGAAAGGGCUGUAAUCACUAAGGGCCUGUAUGGUCUAGCAGGUAAGGUCUGGUCGUGAGUCUAACCCUGCAACACUGCAAUAUCGAGUGUUUCCAAGUGUAAGGUGAGGUGGAGGUUGUCUCAUCACGUAUCAGAUUGAGGUGAGAUGUAAAUUUAUGGCCGGGGAACUAUCUUCCCAUUAGACUGUUCAAGCCUACUCCAAGUUAAUCCCGGCAUCUCCUGUGAUUGAUUCCAAGCAGGGGCUAGUGUCUCACUGCCCUAGGCACCCAGGAUUGUACUCUACCUAGAUCAUAUGGGCCAACUAUUGUCAUCAGACAGAAGUAUCCCAAGUGAUACUCAAUAGGGUCAUCUUCAGAAACUCCCGCUCGCUGCCCAGCUUCAACCGCUUUGAGUGUUCAUAACACAGACUCUUUUUUUUAAACACUGAGUACUAAAGAUGGUAUACACAGCGGGAAUAAGACUUAUCUUGCACCUUUCACCAAGGGCUGAGGGCUCUUAACUUUUCUGAUUCUCUUCCAGUAAGAAAAUAGUGGAGCUGUUUCUAGGUUGGUUAGGGUUAGAUGAGAUAAUGGUACCAGCUGUAACAAGCAGUUGCCAGGGCAUAGUGGGGUAGGAAGCAGUGCAGCCACCACUGUGCCUCCUGCACACUUCCAACAAGUGUGCGUACAGAUUUAAUUCUCUUAAGUGUCUUGCGUUUACCUCCUUACUGCAUAAGGCAUGUUUCUGGAGAGACCUUGAGAUCUGUGGGUUGUCAUUAUGUAGAAACUAAGUAUCUUCUGAUCCCCUAAGGAGAUAGUGGGCUUUAAUACUUGAUGACUGGUGUUUUUAAUCCCAGCACUCUAGGAAGCAGAUUCUUGAUAUUUGCCACACUUGGUAAUAGUUUACAGCCAAAGAUAGCCCAGCACUCUGGGGAGGCAGGCAAUUGGACUUCUGAGUUCAAGAUAAGCCUGAUCCACAGAGAUAGUUCCAGGAUAACCAGGGCUAUGUCCUAACCAAGACAACACAAGAAAUCUUGUCUCAAACAAUUCUCAUCAAAAAGUACUAGUAAACUCUCCUCAGCUUCUAAUUGACAUUUCUGAAUUUUGAUGAUUUAACACAAAAGGGAACCAAGCAAAAAGAAACUACCUAUAAUUUAUCUCUGCUAUUUGUGAUACUGUAUUUUAUCUGAUUUGGCCUGUUCAGGACUCCUGGAGAAUAAUAAACAGGAAAGGGUGCGGUGAAUAACGGGCUAAUACAUAGGCGCCUUGGGGUUACAUCAUCCAGGGGCACCUCUUCUCCUAAGGUGUCUACUCUAUGAGACAAAUCCAAAGGGUUUGCCUGUCAAUUCCUUUGUUGGGGACUCCCCCUCCCCCCAAGUCAUUUUAAGAAUCUAAACAGCGACUUAUAUUUUCAUAUUGAUUUCCAGACAUUAGGUGGUAGAAAUCGUUCUAAAUGACCAUUCCUUACCCCCAUACUUCCGAUGAAAAAUAAAAAGAUGUUGAUAGAAUUUUAGGACUGGCAAGAUGCCCCAGUAUGUAAAGGUAUCUUUGCCCAAUGACCUGAGUUUGGUCCUGGGGACAAACACAAACACAAUAAGUAAAUAUGAUUUUUUUUUUUUUUUUUUUUUUUAGGAUUAGGAGAGUUCACAGUAAAAUUUGAAUCCUAAUUAUUUGCUUACAGGAAAAAGCACCCACCCCCUGUCUGGCCAAGUCUAUCUUAUUUGUAAUGGUCGGAUGUGUAUUUAAAGAAAAGGAGCAUUACUGAGGGUUCUGGUUCAGUUCUGAGAAGAGCCAGGUUGGGUAGAUUAUAAACACAAAGCAAAACAAAGAAACUUCCUAGCAGGGAGAAAUGGUAUUUGGCUGAGUCUGGUGGCACAAGCCUUUAGUCCAAGCACUUGGGGGACAAAGGUAAGUGGAUCUCCAUGAGUUUAAGGCCAGCCUGGUCUACAUUUGGAGCUCUAAGUCAGACAAGGCUAUAUAGUGACACUCUACCUCAAAACAACCCAGAAGUUGUAUUUGGGAUUCUAAGCGUUGACUGAGUCCACAGGGCUAAGGACCCCCAUACGAGUUGCAGUUAUCAAGAAAGCUACAUCACAGACCAUCCCUGACACUACAGAGAGAUACUGUACAUAUGAGAGGAUAACUCCUAAGGCCUCUGUGUGGGCCAGGGUACCGUGCAUACACUACUGCGACAAACCAGCCGUCCUGUGACUUUCUCGGAGGUUUCAUUUGCUGUGCUUCUUAAUAAUGCACUUCCUCAUCUUAAAAUCGGGAAUACUAGCAAUGGUCACACAAUCUUCAGGAAGUGACCACGUUGUUAUAAGGAUUUUGGAAAGCAUACCUCACAAGACUAAUAACUCAUACCUACACUAUAUUGUGUUCAAAAUGAAAAGUUUACAUUAAACAUUGGUCAAAACUGACCACCACUUUUUAAAGGGCCCACUCACUGAUUACAAAAUAACAAACACAUACUCUACAAUUUUUUUUAUUUACCAAAAAGUACACAGGUUAAAGUUGAUUUCAGAACAAGACCUGCUUGUUCUUCAGGAAUAAGGGGAGCAGGGGUGGUGUUCGAGGAGUCUGGUUGGUUCAUAGGUUUGGAAUGAACUUAAAGGCCGGUGUGGCGCACACCUUUAGUCACUGAACGGGGAGGAGGCACAGGCUGGCAAAAAAAAAAAAAAAAAAAAAAAAAAAGGAUUUAAGAGAAAGUUAGAAUGGGUUAAACUUUUUUUUUUCUUUUCUUUUUUUCGGAGCUGGGGAUCGAACCCAGGGCCUUGCGCUUGCUAGGCAAGCGCUCUACCUCUGAGCUAAAUCCCCAACCCUAGAAUGGGUUAAACUUUUAACGAAAAAAGAACAAUAAAAAACAAAGGGAAGUAGAAAGGGCAAAUCUGAGAAUCAGCAGGAUAGCAGACUUCCCCAGUCUACCAAGACUGAAUUAACCAAUAAAAACAAAGACUUCUCUGACAAAUCCCCUGUGAGUUCAACACUGAAGGAGAUGAAGUGCAUAGCCAAUGAGGUUAGAUGCAGAAGAUACUUGUAAAUGCUGUGAGCUUGGGGCUUGGGCUUUUGUUUUGAAUUCUGUGCACGAGUGUCUUGUCUGUAUCUGCAUGAAUACCUGGUACCACGGAGUUUAGAAAAGGAUGUCAGACACUCUGGGAGUGGAGUUACAGAUGGUUGCGAUCCAUCAUGUGAUUGCUGGGAACUGAACUCGGGUCCUCUCUAAGAGCAGCAACUGUUCUUAAUCAAUGAGCCCUUUGCCUGGUUCAUUGUUGGUUUGGUUUUGACUCUGUGCCUUCCUGGUGGGCAAGACGAAGAAGGGCAAACUAUUUUAUUGGCUAUGAGCUUUGGAGCAACUGUGUACUAACCAGUCCUAUUAUACUCUCAUGUCUCCUGCUACCCAGGCUGGCCUGAGACUCCUUAAGUAUUGAGGAUGACCUUGAAUUGCCGAUCCUCGUACCUCCGCCUCCCUAAUGCUGGUGUGGCUCUAUGCUUGGUUUUCUGCCGUUCAGAGGAUUAAGCAGAGCUGAGGACUAACACUGAGCAAGCACUGGGCCGGUGGAACUACUCCCCAAACCCCAAGCCUUAUGGAGUCCCAAGUUGUCUACAUUCGUACUAGUGUUGGGGCCAAUGGGGAAGGAGAAAGAGACUAGACUUCUCAUUGCCAACCUUAAUAUACAAUUUUCUGGGAGUUAGUUUAUGAGACAUGACCUCUAAAGAUUCUGCCAGUGCCACUUCACACAAAUGGGAGAUGUAGGAAUGGUCCUAACAAGUCUCUUUAGAAGGAACGUUCUAGCACUACUGUAAAAUAUGAACAAUGACGUAAGUAAGCAGAGCUACCUUAGCAUGGGUAGGAAAGUCGGCAUCAUGUCUGUCCGUCCUCCCUUGACUGCCCCUCCCCCAAACACAGAUCUGUAGGUUUACUGAAGUCCUUCUCCAUAUUAAAUAUUAAAUAAUCAAAA